AAUUUUCAGGGCAAUGAUCUUGCUGAUCGCCCUCUUCUUGGCCACCUAUCUCAUCUUCAAGUACUUACAAUGGCAGCUGCGACGAACAAAGCUUCGUAAAAUCGUCGAGAAACGUCGUAGUGAACGUGAUGCAUCAGUCGAAUUGGUACAGAAGUCAGUUGCCUCACUGGAUGAGAAAUUGAGAGAGACGAUAGGUUCAUGGAGCUUCCGAGAGUUGAGAGAAAAGCUACAAUCCGGUGCAGUUUCUUGCGUUGACGUCUUGAAGACCUACCAAUGGAAAGCGUUGAAGGCACAUGAAAAGACCAACUGCGCCACCAUGUUUUUCAAGGAAGCUGAGCAAUGGGCACGGGAAUGGGAUGAGAAGGCAAAGGUGCCUGGUUUCGUGAAGCCAGCGUUCUUUGGAAUACCAAUCAGCUUGAAGGAAUGCGUUCCGAUUAAAGGUUAUGACCAGACGCGCGGGUUUGUUCAAGACGUUGAUGUUCCAACCAAGAUUGAUUGUGUGAUGGUACAGCAGAUCAAACUGCUAGGUAUGAUUCCGUACGUGCAAACCAAUGUGCCCCAAUCAUUGCUCAGUUACAGCUGCUCGAAUCCUGUUUACGGCACGACAACCAACCCGGUUGACAAAACGCGUACUCCAGGCGGCUCGUCCGGCGGCGAAUCCGCUAUCAUCGGUGCCGGUGGCUCCAUUAUUGGUAUCGGUGGAGAUGUUGGAGGUUCAAUUCGAAUUCCAUGUCAUUUUACUGGAAUUGCUGGUAUCAAGCCGUCUCACUUGCGAUUCUCCCACCGUGGAGUCUGCGGCUCCGUUCCUGGCCGACCUCUGAUCAAUUCCAGUGAUGGACCUAUGGCAAAGGAUAUGGAAACAAUCGUGGACUUUUUGCGAGAGGUAUGGCGCGAUGACUUCAUUUCCCAGCAGGAUCCCUUUGUUCCACCCGUACCCUGGAACGAAGAACUCUACAAAGAAGGCAAAAAAUACCGAAUUGGUUACUACGUUGACGAUGGAUGGUUCACUCCAAUACCUGCUAUACAGCGAGCUGUGCUCGAGGCUAAGGAACGAUUGGAAGCAGCUGGUCACACUGUUGUUCCUUUUCAUCCACCCUCUGUACCACGUACAAUGCGUCACUUCGUCCGGGCAGUCUGCGUCGACGGGGGCACAUUUCUAACUAGAAAACUGCUAAGCGACAUUGUUGAUCCGUCGCUUUAUGGACAAGUUAUCCUUCUUAUGAUCCCCAUAUGGAUACAACGACUGCUUGCUUAUCCUUCCAAAUACUUCUUCCCUCGCUUCGCUAACAUGAUGCACUCAUUAGCCCUCAACACUACUGAACUGCGCGAAACAUAUGCAGAGAUAGAAGACUAUCGUGGGGAUUUUGUGGUGCUUAUGCAAGAACAAAAAUUGGACGCACUCCUUUGCCCUCCUCAGGUGUUAACUGCUCCAAAACACCACAUUCCUGCCAAGCUAUUUGCUGCUUGUUGUUAUACAGCCAUAUUCAACCUUCUGGAUUUUGCUGCAGGUGUGGUUAAUGUAACAAAGGUAACGAAAGAAGACGAUCAAAAGCUAAUCAAGGAGUAUCCGGAGAGCGAUCCAUGGUACAGAUUGGCUAAAGAUGCAUGCAAGGACAGCAUCGGCUUUCCUGUGAAUGUACAAGUUGCCGCUCCACCGUACAAGGAAGAAGUUGUGUUGCGAAUUCUGCGCGAUAUCGAAAUUGGUGUAAAGACUCAAAAAUCUGAGGCUAAAUGAAUUUUUGCACGUCAGAAUAAAAUUCUACUUUAUACAAGAUCAUGAUACUGGUGUACUACGAAUUUAUAUGUAAAAUUUGGUGCAUUACUUAACUGAAAUCGUUUGAUCUGUGAUGUGAGAAGCUUUCAAAGCCACAAGUCUGCUGA